GAAGAGAGGUGUGUGAUGCUGUAUUUCUCACUCGCUGACAAAUCUUUCUUGUUCCCAGUUGUCACCUGUUGUUCUCAAUGGAUUCCAGUGAGUUUCCUGGCUCUUUGGACCCCCUUUCUCUGCCAGAUAAGCCACUUAUUGGCGAUCUCCCUGCUGACAUGGAGUUUGGGGAGGAUCUCCUGGCCUCCCAGACUGCUGCUUCUACCCAGCCAGUCUCAGCCCUGCAGCCCCCUGAGAUGGAGUGGGAACAGUCCAAGCCAGUGACUUCAGAGAGGGACUUGGAUCUUCUGGUGAAAUCAGACAGUCUGGCCGACCUAAGCAAACCAAACAGCCUUGAUCUAGAUCAGCCCAGUGUCCUGGAUGUGCUGGAGAAACCUGGGGUUUUGGAUGACCUGGACAAAGCUGCUGACUUGAUGGGUUUAAACAAGUCUGAGGACCUGGAGGGGCUGUACAAGGCCCAUUCAUCCCAGGACACGGCCAGCGAGCCUGGGGGCUCCUCUGCAUUGGCUCAAGCAGACCUGGCUGCAGAGACAUGGAAGGAAGAGGAUGGGGAGCCCAAAACAGACCCUGGGGACUUGGAGGAGGACAGUGCCACACCUGCUCCUGUGCUGAGCGAUGGUGGUGCCCCAGAGUCGCCCCACGCGCCUGCUCCUGACCCCGGGGAGCAGAGCAGCACUCCCCCUGCAGAGGAAAGCACCACCCAACCCUCGGCUCUGCCGGCAGUUCCACUGCAGCCAGGCCUGAAGCAGGUAAAGAAGACCAGAUUGAAGGCCCCAAAGAAAAGCUCCACCAUACAGAAGGAAGGGCCAGCAGCAGAAGAGGGAAUGGACCAGAGCCCAGAUAGUAAUGUGCCAGCCCUGCCCCCGGACCACGUUGGCGAUGGCCAGGGGGAAGAAGGCAGCGAGGGUGGCAAACCCUCGCUGCAGCAGGAGAGUGGCACACCAACAGCCCAGGAUGCCACACAGCAGCCAGCAGCAGGAGAUGGCCUGACCGGGAAGGGGAGCGAGCAGCCAACUGAGAAGGAGCAGAAGAGAAGUGAACGAGCCAGGAGGUCGGAGGCAGCGAGGCCUGAAACUGUGAACUCCUCUGAAAGCAUUCCAGUGUCCGACGAGGACUCGGACGCAAUGGUAGAUGAUCCCAAUGACGAGGACUUUGUUCCAUUCCGCACGCGGCGCUCGACCCGCAUGUCCCUGCGCACGCAGAUGGCCCAGCGCGCCGCCCGCUCCACCGUCACUAAGAUGACCUGUGCCCACUGCCGCACCCCACUGCAGAAGGGGCAGACAGCAUACCAGCGCAAGGGGCUCCCUCAGCUCUUCUGCUCCAGCUCCUGCCUCACCACUUUCUCCAAGAAACCUCCUGGCAAGAAGAUCUGCACCUUCUGCAAAAAGGAGAUCUGGAACACCAAGGACUCUGUUGUGGCCCAGAUCGGCUCAGGCGGCUCUUUCCACGAGUUCUGCACCUCGGCUUGCCUCUCUCUGUACGAGGCCCAGCAGCAGAGGCCGGCACCUCAGCCUGCAGAAGCCUCCGACACCAGCCGCUGCAGCGUGUGUCACAAGCCUGGUGAGAUCCAGCACGAGGUCAGCAACGGGAACGUGAUUCACCGCAUCUGCAGCGACGCCUGCUUCACCAAGUUCCGAGCCACCAAGGGGCUGAAGACCAAUUGCUGUGACAACUGUGGGCUCUACAUCUACAACAAGGGGCUGCCGCUCGAGUACCUCUUCCAUGAAGGUCAGCAGAAGCGCUUCUGCAACUCGGCUUGUCUCAACAGCUACAAGAAGAAGAACACCCGCGUGUACCCUUGCAUGUGGUGCAAGACGCUGUGCAAGAACUUUGACAUGCUGCCCAACGUGGACCGGUCGGGGCGCACAGGCCUCUUCUGCUCCAUCUGCUGUACCACGUCCCACAAAGUGAAGCAGUCAGGCCUUGUUGGUCCCCCUAGACCCUGCAGCUUCUGCAGAAAGAGCCUGUCCGAGCCCUGCUAUUACAACAAGACAGACCAGGUCGUGUACCAGUUCUGCAGCCCCAGCUGCUGGACCAAAUUUCAGCACACCAGCCCGGAAGGGGGCAUUCACCUGAGUUGUCAUUACUGCCACAACCUCUUCAGUGGGAAGCCAGAAAUCCUUGACUGGCAGGAUAAGGUGUAUCAGUUCUGCUGCAGGGACUGCUGCGAGGACUUCAAGCGGCUGCGGGGCGUGGUGUCCCAGUGCGAGCACUGCAAGCAGGAGAAGCUGCUGCAUGAGAAGAUCCGUUUCUCUGGCGUGGAGAAGAACUUCUGCAGCGAAGGGUGUGUGCUUCUUUACAAACAGGAUUUCACCAAGAACCUGGGCCUGUGUUGCAUCACCUGCACCUACUGUUCCCAGACCUGCCAGCGGGCAGUCACCGAGCAGCUGGAAGGCAGCACAUGGGACUUCUGCAGUGAAGACUGCAAAAGCAAAUACUUACUGUGGUACUUCAAGGCAGCUCGGUGCCACGCCUGCAAGCGUCAGGGGAAGCUACUGGAAACCAUCCACUGGCGGGGGCAAAUCAAACACUUCUGCAACCAGCAGUGUCUGCUGCGCUUUUACAAUCAACAGAACCAGCCUAACCUGGACACGCAGAAGGGGCCCGAGAGCCUGCUGAACAGUCAGACCCCAGAGCCAAAGCCACCUGCCUCUUCGCAGCAGAAAGCAGAGACAAACACGGUGCCUGCAAAAGCCUUGUCCGCCCAGGUGUCUGCUCCCCCACCACCUCCGCCACCAGUUCCGGCCACGCCUCGGAAGAACAAAGCUGCCAUGUGCAAGCCCCUGAUGCAGAACCGUGGUGUGUCCUGCAAGAUCGAAAUGAAAUCCAAGGGGUGUCAGACGGAGGCAGAUUGGAAGCCCCAGGUGAUUGUGCUGCCGGUCCCAGUCCCGAUCUUUGUGCCUGUGCCUAUGCAUAUGUACUGCCAGAAAGUACCCGUGCCUUUCUCCAUGCCUGUCCCGGUGCCUGUGCCAAUGUUCCUGCCCACCACGCUGGAGAGCACGGAUAAGAUUGUGGAGACCAUUGAGGAGCUGAAGGUGAAGAUCCCAUCCAACCCCCUGGAGGCUGACAUCCUGGCCAUGGCAGAGAUGAUCGCAGAGGCGGAGGAGCUGGAUAAGGCCUCCUCGGACCUGUGUGACCUGGUAAGUAACCAGAGUGCCGAGGGCCUGCUGGAAGACUGCGACCUCUUUGGGCCAGCGAGGGACGACGUGCUGGCCAUGGCUGUUAAGAUGGCGAACGUGCUGGAUGAGCCUGGCCAGGAUCUGGAGGCUGACUUCCCGAAGAACCCCCUGGACAUCAACCCCAGCGUGGACUUCCUCUUUGACUGCGGCCUGGUGGGACCAGACGACGUGUCCACGGACCAGGACCUGCCACGCGCUGUCCGGAAGGGUCAGAAGCGCCUGGUGCUGUCCGAAAGUUGCUCCCGGGACUCCAUGAGCAGCCAGCCCGGCUGCACGGCACUGAACUACUCGUAUGGCGUCAACGCCUGGAAGUACUGGGUGCAGGCCAAGUACGCAGGUGGCGAGACCAGCAAGGCGGAGGAGCUGCGCUUUGGGCCCAAGCCCAUGCGCAUCAAGGAGGACAUCCUGGCCUGCACGGCAGCUGAGCUCAACUACGGCCUCGCUCAGUUUGUCAAGGAGAUAACGCGGCCCAACGGUGAGCGCUACGAGCCGGACAGCAUCUACUACCUCUGCCUGGGCAUCCAGCAGUACCUGCUGGAGAACAACCGCAUGGUGAACAUCUUUACAGACCUCUACUACCUGACCUUUGUGCAGGAGCUGAACAAGUCCCUGAGCGGCUGGCAGCCUACGAUCCUGCCCAACAACACGGUGUUCUCGCGCGUGGAGGAGGAGCACCUAUGGGAGUGCAAGCAGCUGGGCGUGUACUCGCCCUUCGUGCUGCUCAACACCCUCAUGUUCUUCAACACCAAGUUCUUUGGGCUGCAGACAGCAGACGAGCACAUGCAGCUCUCCUUCACCAAUGUGGUGCGCCAGGCCCGUAAGUGCACCACGCCGCGAGGCACCACCAAGGUCAUCAGCAUCCGCUACUUUGCCCCUGCCAAGCAGAAGAAAGGCCGAGGUGGAGGCCUGGGGAAGCGAAAGCGCGAGGAGGAGAUGCCCAUCCUGGAGCAGCGCGAGAACCGGAUGAACCCCCUCCGCUGUCCCGUCAAGUUCUACGAAUUCUAUCUCUCCAAAUGUCCCGAGAGCCUGCGGAACCGGAGCGACGUGUUCUACCUGCAGCCAGAGCGGUCGUGCAUCGCGGAGUCGCCACUCUGGUACUCGGUCAUCCCCAUGGACCGGAGCAUGUUGGAGAGCAUGCUGAACCGCCUCCUGGCUGUGCGCGAGAUCUACGAGGAGCACAGCCGGGCCGGCGGCUUGGACGACGACAUGGACUGAGCCCAGCCCACGGUGCUCUGUGCGGGGAAGCCACGUCCCCCUGGCUCUUGCCGCCCACCCCCCCGUGGGGAUGUGAGUGGGGUGGCCUGGCAUUGGGCUGGUGCUGCUCCCUGCCUCAGAGACCAGGGCGCUGUCCUGCUUAUCUGUAUCAGACUGAGACAUCCCUGCCUCAUGCUAGUGCCGAGGCCCCAGUGGGCCCUAGCAUCCAAGCCCUACCUGCACGCUGCCUCCCAGCCUGGGCCUGGCUGCAGCAGGGUCCUGCCCUGCCCCUUCCUGUCUUCCCAGUGGCUGCAGGCCCAGGGGAGCCAAGAGCCCGAAGGACAUGCUGCUGACAACCCUGCCUUGGCACCACCCCCGUUGACCGUGCCAGGGCUGCGGCAGGCAGCUCCACGCGGCUGUUCCCAACCUGGCUCCCUUCCUCCGUACCCCCCAAUGUGUCAUGUGGCUGCCACGAUGGAGAGGCCAAGGCCAGCCGAGGGGUGGGAGGCUGGGCUGGGCCCAGCAGCCUCUGCUGGAGGCUCUCGGCCCCUGGGCUGCUCGCUGCCUGAGUGGCAAGCUCCCAGCUGGGGACAAGAGCCCUGCCCCAAAUGUGGGGCCCAGGGAUGGGCUCUGCAGGGUGAGGCUGGCCUGGUUCUGCUGGACAGGAGAGGGGUUUGACCCAGAGCCUGGGGCAGCCCAGCCAGGGGUGAAGGGAGCAGGGGCCGCUCUGGUG